AUGAGGCCCUUUUCUCCUCUCCGUUCCCCUCCCCUGCGUGUUAACAGUCUAACAGGGGGGCGAGACUUUGGACAUUUGUUGUGUGGUGAACGGCAUGUGGCAGAGCAGCAGUGGGGCGUGGGGACAGGCGGGGGUCUGAUGGGGGAUUUCA